UUUUCUUGUCUCCUUCCCAGCCUGUGCCAACAGCGCUGGCUCAGGUUGACCGCGAAAAGAUCUACCAGUGGAUCAAUGAGCUGUCCAGCCCGGAGACACGGGAGAACGCGCUGCUGGAGCUGAGCAAGAAGCGCGAGUCUGUGCCUGACCUUGCCCCGAUGCUGUGGCACUCGUUUGGCACCAUCGCAGCGCUCCUUCAGGAAAUUGUAAAUAUUUAUCCAUCAAUCAACCCUCCGACUUUGACAGCCCAUCAGUCCAACAGAGUCUGCAAUGCUUUAGCUCUACUACAGUGUGUUGCAUCGCAUCCUGAAACGAGGUCAGCUUUUCUGGCAGCUCAUAUCCCUCUCUUCCUGUACCCAUUCCUGCACACAGUUAGCAAGACGCGUCCAUUUGAGUACCUGCGGCUCACAAGCCUCGGAGUGAUUGGGGCCUUAGUGAAAACUGAUGAGCAAGAAGUGAUAAAUUUCUUACUGACAACAGAAAUCAUCCCCCUGUGCUUACGCAUUAUGGAGUCUGGCAGUGAACUCUCCAAAACGGUUGCUACGUUUAUUCUCCAGAAAAUCCUCCUGGAUGACACAGGGCUGGCAUAUAUCUGUCAGACCUACGAGCGGUUUUCUCAUGUUGCCAUGAUACUGGGUAAAAUGGUCCUGCAGCUCUCCAAGGAGCCGUCGGCACGGCUGCUGAAACAUGUCGUCCGCUGCUACCUUCGCCUUUCCGAUAACCCCAGGGCACGUGAAGCUCUCAGGCAGUGCCUUCCUGACCAACUGAAGGACACCACCUUUGCCCAGGUCCUGAAGGACGACACGACCACAAAGCGCUGGCUGGCUCAGCUUGUCAAGAACCUGCAGGAGGGUCAAGUCACUGACCCGCGGGGCAUCCCUCUUCCUCCGCAAUGACUGCUGGGGGAGGUGGGGGACUGGGGAAGAAACAGCUCAGGUUUACAAAGAACCAGGAACAGGUGACCUCUUCUGCAACAAACUGGGCACGCCAGCUGGCUCCCGGCCUGUCGGACCAUCCCACCCAGCCGAAGGGCUGCUCUGUAGCAAUGCAGCAUGCCUCCAGGGAUCGCAGCACCAGCAAACGCUGAUACCACAGCUU